AUAAGAGUUUUUUUUUUAUACAUAAUUGGCGACACUGGUCAAGUUUCGCUCCAAAUUGUUAUCUUUAUUAUUUGAUUGCGUUUAGUUUAUAUUUUACCAAACAGCAAACGGACGUCUCGGCUCGUAUUCAAAACAGUCAUGCCGAAAAAAAGAGAAAAUUUUUGUCAGUUAAAUAUAACUGCUGCAGUUAAUGCAGUUUUAAAUGACGGUUUAAGUAAAAAAGCAGCUGCAAAAAAAUUUGGUAUUUCAAGAUCUACUCUACAGUUUAGGCUUAAAAAUCUAAAUGGAAAAACAUCUUGUGGACCAGCAACUGUAUUGUCAGAUAAAGAGGAAGAAUUGUUACAAACUUGGAUAAUUGAAAGCUGUAAAAAAGGUUUUCCAAGAAGAAAAGAAGAUUUACAAAUGAGUGUGAAGCAAUUUUUGGAUGUAAACAACAGACUUACUCCUUUUAAAAAUAAUAUGCCAGGUAAUGGUUGGUAUAGGGCAUUCAUGCAAAGACAUCCAUUGAUAUCGAUCCGAACAAGUGAACGUGUCACAACUGCCAGUGCAUGUGUCAGUGAAAAGGACAUAAAAAAAUGGUUCUCUGACAUCCAUCAAUAUCUAGUAGAUGAAAAACUUGAUGACAUAUUGCAAGAUCCCACUAGAUUAUUCAAUGGUGAUGAAACUGGAUUCUCGCUAUGUCCCAAAACCAAAUCAGUUUUAGCUCCAAAAGGAGCUAAAGAUAUUUAUGAGGUAGCAGUAGGUAAUGCUAAAGAAAAUCUUACAGUUAUGUUCACAUUUAAUGCUGCUGGUGACAUGUGCCAUCCGAUGGUAAUUUAUAACUAUCAGAGAAUCCCACAAGAUAUUGUAAAUUCUGUUCCUCCCAAUUGGGGAAUAGGUCAUUCCGAAUCAGGUUGGAUGAAAUCUGAGGUUUUUUAUGAGUUCAUUGCGAAUAUAUUUUACCCUUUUGUAGUUGAAAAGGGAAUAACAUUUCCUAUAAUUUUAUUUGUUGAUGGCCACAAAAGCCAUCUUACCUAUCAAUUAAGUGAGUUAUGUACAAGUUUUAAUAUUAUAUUAAUUGCGUUAUAUCCAAACUCCACUAGAAUUUUACAGCCAGCUGAUGUGGCUGCAUUUCGACCACUUAAAUCUGGUUGGAAAAAAGGAGUGUUUGAGUGGAGAAAAGACAAUAAUUUAAGUACAGCUGUAACUAAAAAAGAUUUUGCCCCUAUAUUAAAAAAGGUAAUUGAUGAAACUGUUAAAGCAGAAACUUUAAUUAAUGGUUUUAAAGCUUGUGGAUUUGAAGAAUUUCAUGCAUUAUAUAAAUUGUAUCAAUUACUUAAAUCUAAUGAUAAAAAUAUGUUAAAUAGUGGUGUGAAGUGUAUUUCAGAGGCUGAUGAGCAGAAUUUAUUAGAUUUUAUAGAAGACCAAAAUGAAGUAACUAUAGUUGAUGACAGUUUUUUUGAUAGUAGUAAAGGAGUUUUUCAAGAUGUAAUAGAACAAAACAAAAUGGAUGUGUGUGUAGAAGCCAAUAAAGAGAAAACAGAUUUUAUUUGUAAUGAAAUAGAAAAUACAAGAAAACAGGAUGAAAUUGAAAUUAGUAUAGAGAAGAAUGUAGUUACACCCAGACAUUUAAAUGGAAAAACUUUUCAAAUUUCUCCUUUAGAAUCAUGUCUUGUGUGGCCAGUUACUCCAGAAAGGAAAGGUAAACGUAAUAUUGAAAGAGUACCAUAUGUUGUAUCAUCUAAAAUGUGGAAAAGUAUGAACCAGUCUAAAGAAGAUAAAAAGAAACAAAUUGAGCUUGAAAAAGAAAAUAGAAAAAAACACAGAAUACAUAAUAGAUUGGUUAAAUCGAAUUUGGUCAAUGAUAAAAAAUUAAAAACUGUUACUAAAUCAAAGGUUGUGAGAAAUAUAUUUCAAAAAGAUAUUGUGUAUAAGAAAAAACCAUCUGAAACUGUAACUAGUGGUGUGUUGGCUGAAAGUUUAUGUGAUGAUAUAGCACCUAAUAUUGUUGAAGAAAUAGAUAAUGAUAUUCCAACCACAUAUGUAACCGUAGGACUUUGUUUUGGUUGUGGGAGAAAUUUAAGUGAGUUGUUGAAAGGUGUUGAUUGUGCCUUUUGUUCACAUAUGUAUCAUUUGAAGUGUUUAACCACAGAUGAAUUCUGUGACAUGGGUGAAAAUGAACCUAUUUUAUUCAUUUGUAAAAUAUGCCAAAAAGACUUAAA